UAGGUAUUUUACCAUCUUGGCGAUAUAAACCUCGAGCAAGAACACUUGGAUAAUCAGUCUUCUACUGCUAUAACGUAACGUUUAGAAAAUUUUACUGUCUUCAAGAAUCAUUCAUAUAUCCUACUUAUUGAUUUUUAAAACCAUAACUUUCAACUGAAAUAUUCAAAAUACGGGCAAAAAAAUUAACUUUGUGUCUCCUUUAAAUAUCGUAUCAAUUGCGUAUCUAUUUCCGAUUAAUUGAAAACAUGCCUUUUAAAUUUAUCGCUCGUUAUGUUAUUAUUUAUUCUUUUAUGUCAGUGUUAGUACACGGUGAUGAAAGUGAUCCUGAUAUGCCACCUCAAGACAUUCCUGACCCUCCACCUUUCGCUAAUAACCCUGGCAAUCCGUCUACCUCUAAUCACAAUGGCAAUCGACCUAGUAAUCCACCCUCAGAUGAUUGUCUACCUCUCGGUUGUUGCCCCUUACCUUGUAAGAGAGACUUAAAAUGGGCCCAAAAUCAUUGUAAAAAUGGUAUACAUGAUUAUAGUCCUUAUGUAAUUGAUUGUGUUUGUUGUAACUGACGAUUUCAAUUAGUAGAGGCCCAAUUGCAAAUUAUUAUGCAAAUUCAAUAAAAAUGUUAAGUAUUCCAAAAGAUCUUUCCGUGAUUUAUUCUUAUAAAGAAGCACACUCACUAAUUGAGGCACUGCAAACAAUUAAAUUAAUUUACACCUACUCACCACAAAGAAAUUGAGAUGACAUUAAGUGCAUAUACCCUUAUAAUAAUAUAGUAUAAUAAACUUGCUGUGUUAAUUAUAUAAUAACGUUAUUAUUGCAUAUUUAAAAAAUAAAACAUUAAAAUUCAACUUUUGCCCGUACCGUAUUUUUGUAAUACAUUUAUCAUUAGUGAUAAAAUAAAAUAAUUUUUAAUUUCUGUUCAUUUGUUAUAUUGAUUACUUUGGGUCAGUACUUACUCAUCGUAUUACCUAUGAAGAUCCUGGGGGACUGUAGUUAUUGGUUUGUGAUAUUGAAAACUACAACUCCAAUAUUAAGACAAAACAAUUACUUUCAUUGUAUUUUUUUAAAAUAAAAUACGUUUUUUUUAUUUAACUUAAUACGAGUCCUAGGCAAAUGAAUCAAAUUUAAAAAGACUUAUUUUAAACGUUAAUUUCUCUGAAAUUUGUGUGUAAAGAACUUUUUUGUUUUUUAUCUUCUGAUUAGUUAAUAUUCAGAUAUAGGGACAGACAAGAGAGUGUCCAGAAUCACAAAACUGCUCACAUUAAACGGAAGACCUUUAUAUUGUUUUUAGGAGGCCGGUAUGUGUACUGUUGAUAUAGGUAUAAACUCGUUGAAAAAUGCAGUAGUAUUUUUCCGUAACAAGACUUAGCUUAACUUUAGGUCUUAACUUUAGGUCAACGUUAAAAAUGCAUACCUAAAAUUAUUCUUGUACCUACCUCUUUUAUUAAACUUUUUGAGUACAUUUUUUUUUCCUAAUAUAUUAAUAUACGACUGCAGUUUAAACAUACAAUAAGUAUAAUCAUCUCAUUUUUCCCCACCUCCCACCCGUAAAAAUGAAAAAAAUAAAUCCAUCUCGGGGAAACCGUCAGGUGCGUGCAUAUUUUUAUUAUAUUAAUACAUAUUUUGGUAGAUUAAGUCGAGAUUAUUGUCGAGAAUUGAAAUUGCAUCAUUUAUUCAAACAAAAUAUUACAAUACGAAAACCGUCGUGUAUAAAAUAAUUGUUCUCUACGGCUGCAUGUAAGCCGUUUCAAUUCACGGUUACACAUACACAAUUAUAUACCUAUCAGCUAUUAUACAUUAUUCUGUAAAGGAAUAGUUAAUAAUUUAUAACACCUCGGGUAAGUACACGAAAUCAUAAUACAAAACAUACUUUACAUGUUGUGAUAUUAAUAUUUUUACAACAAUCCCAUGAUUUUAUAUUCAUUAAACACUAUAAUAUUAUAUUUUUUCGGCGUAUUCAAUUUUGCUACCGCAAAUAAUUGAA